GUUCCACCCACCUUCUCUUUUACAGACGUAAAAGCUAUCAGUAAAUGAUCAUACCAAAAGCAGUAAAGCAACUAGCGACUAAUCGUACUAAAAGCAGCAACUUUCUUCGAAGUCUUGAAGAUUAAAGGAAAAUGGAUAAUAUGGUUGAAGCUAAUGGAAAAACAAAUUAUAAUGGUAAAUCAUCUGAAGAUUCCAAACCGUUGGUGGGUAUGGAAUUUGCCUCUAUUGAAGACGUAAAGGAAUUCUACAAAGCAUAUGGUAGAAAUAAUGGAUCUAUGACACGGAAGAGAUCAUCAUAUGCCACUAAAAAGGGUGAAGGUGUCAGUAGAGUGGUUUUUGUAUGUAGUAACGAAGGAAUCCACAAUAAAGAUUUUGAUCCCGACGAGGAAGGUAAUUACAGAAAAAAGAGGAAUACUUCAACAAUGAGGACGGAUUGUAAAGCUAUGAUAUGUAUAGCUUUCGAUGGAAGAUUUCAGGUAUGGUAUAUCAAUGAGUUUAUAGAAGAACACAAUCAUGUAAUGGUUUCUCCUAAAAAGAGAAUGCUCAUGAGGUCAAACAAGCAUAUGCCCCAUGAAGCGAAAAGCUUAGCUGAGGCAUUUAACAAAAGUAGAAUCCCUGUUGGUAAAGUUGCUGCUUUAUUUGGGCAAAGUGAGAGUAUUGGGUUUGAUACUAGAGAUGUUUACAACCAUUUAAGGAAUGUUAGAAAAUCUUUGUUGGAUGUUGGAGAUGCAGAAGCCCUGGUUAGCUGCUUUAGAAGAAAAACACUUGAAAAUCCAAGUUUCUACUAUGCAUUUCAAGUUGAUGACGAAGGGAGGGCAGCAAAUGUAUUUUGGGUGCAUGCACGCUCGCGGAUAGCGUAUAGUCGUUUUGGAGAUGCUGUCUCUUUUGAUUCGACAUAUAAAACUAACAAAUAUAGUAUGCCUUUUGCUCCUUUCACAGGCACUAACCAUCACCGUCAAUCUGUGACAUUUGGUUUUGCAUUGCUAGGAGAUGAGACUAAGGAGACAUAUACCUAGUUGUUUAUGAAAUGGCUUGAAGUAAUGGGAGGUCAUCCUCCAAUUUCUAUACUUACAGAUCAAGAAAAUUUUUGGAGAGAAGCUAAGUCAUGUAUUUUUUAAGAAGUCCAAAUUUAAACGAACCAUCAAGGCAGUUACUCGCUUCAGAUACACCGCUGAAGAUUUUGAAACUCAAUGGCAGUCAAUGCAAGUAGAAUUUGAUUUGACAGAGAAUACAUGGAUUAAAUACUUAUACGAUAUUCGUGAAAAAUGGAUACCGGUUUAUAAUAGAGGUACUUUUUUUUUCCGGGAUGAAUACGACACAAAGAAGUGAGAGUAUAAAUUCUUUUUUUGAUCACUAUGUGAACUCUAAGACAUCUUUGCGGGAAUUUGUGGAAAGUUGUGAUCAAGCGUUAGAAAGAAUGUACUUAAGAGAGCGGGAAGAAGAUUACAAGUCUAUCCACUUGAAGUGUAUAUAUGUUUCUCAAGAUUUGUUGGUAAGGCAUGCAUCUAAAGUAUACACUAGAGUUAUCGUUAAUAUAGUGCAAGUGGAAUUUAACGCUUCUUUAAGGUAUCGAUCAAAAAUACUUGAGAUUGAUGGUGACGAACACACUUAUAGUGUGUAUUGGUUAAUAGAUGACAAAACAGUGGAAGAAUUUCCAGUGAAGAUUAUUGUGGUAACUCAAAAGGGUACAUGUGGCUGCCAAAAAUUUGAGUUUGUUGGAAUACCAUGUAAACAUUUGCACCAUAUCUUGGUUCUUCGCCUCUAUGUGACAGAAAUUCCCCAAUGUUUUAUAAUGGAAAGGUGGACUAAAUAUGCAAACAAAUGUGCAGUUUUGGGUUCAAAUCAGUCAGUCAUCAAAGAUGAUAAAGCUGGGAUUGAAGCCAUGCGAAUCAGUCAUUAUUGCCGAGUAUCAACUGAACUAGCCUACAUGUUUGGUAAAUCAGAACAGGCGUAUGCUGUGGCAAUGGAUUUUCAUAAUCAAGCAAUGGAGAAAAUUAAAGAAACUGACAUACUUGAGCUUCGAAAAGAACAUGGAAAGGAUAUGCAAGUGGAGGAAUCAGAAGUUAACGACGAAUUAUUAGCUACCGGUUCAUCAUGCACUACUGUUGCAGAAAUACCAAAUGCAAUUUCAUUUGAUGAUACCCUUCCUAAUAUGAUUAUGGGUGAUCCUCGCAUCUCGUAAACAAAAGGCAGAAAUCCUGGUACGGGAAAGGGAAAUGCACCGAGCGAUUCUCGCUUCAAGAGUGGUACAGAAAUCUCCAAGGAAGGAAAGAAGCCGAGAAUGUGCAAAUAUUGCACACUAACAGGCCACGACUCCCGUAACUGUGAGAAGAAAAAAGCUGAUCAGUUACGUGCCAAAACUCAAAUGGAGCUAUUGUGGCUGCAUCAAAUUGCUUAUAAGAAGUGAAGAUGGGAACUUUUUGGUUGGCUCUUUUGGUGUUUUUUUUUUGUUUUUGUAAAAUGUACGACAACAUGAUGUUGGUUUUUCAUGUGAUUAUCACUAAGCAGUAAACAAUUGCUUUUUUUUGCUUAAACUUAGCUUUGUCUGCCUGUACGCUUGAAUUAUUUUACAGCUUUUAAGUGUUUUGAUGCAACUUCGUAG